AUGGAAGACACAGUACAUAGUACAUUUGUUUCUCAAAAAAUUUCAAAAAUUCGUUGGAAACCAGAACAAUUAAGUGAAUCACAAUACUUUGUUACCGGUGGCACAGAUGAAAUCAACAAUUAUUUAACGUUAUGGAAUUACCCUAUAAAACAAACGGAUUCGGAAAAUUAUCCUUUAAAGGAAAGAACAUUUUCUCAUUUAGGAGAUGUAACCGAUAUGAAAUUUUUAUUAAAUGAUCACCUUGUCGUAUCUUCUUCCUGUGGAUUCGUUACACUUUUGCAAUGUGAUCAGUCUGAUUUUAGGCUAAUUACAACAUGGGAAAAGUUACAUUAUUAUAAAACUAAAGAGCCAAGUCCAUGCACUGGCUUGGCUUGUUUCGAAGAAGAUAUAGCCACUAUUGGAGAAGAUGGACGCAUAGUUUUGCUCACUCUUGUUCAAACAAAACCGAUAAGAGUCAUUGAAAGUUUAAAUAGUUCAUCUCAUUUAUGUAUUGAUUUCCUGAAACAUAAUGAACUUCUAACGGGAGAUUUAAGGGGACAAAUGAAAAUAUGGGAUCUAAGAGUUCCUGAAAAUUGUCCUUUAACUACAUUUAUGCUUUCUGGAGACCAAAUUGCUGCAAUGUGCAUUGCAGUUCAUUCAAGUCAAAAACAUAUAUUAUUAGUUGGAGGAGAAGAUGGGUCUGUUUAUGUGUGGGAUUUAAGAAAAAGCACCCACCCCAUUAAUAUUAUAAAUGCUCAUAAAGGCUCAGUAUCUGAAAUGGUUUUUCAUCCACUACAUCCUGAACACCUAUUUACAUGUUCGUCAAGCGGUCAAUUAUGGCAUUGGAAUACUGUUAAAAAUAUACGAGAAUAUGAUAAACAAGAAAAUAUUUGGUUAAGUAGUAAUACGAAUAACAAAAAAAUGGAAAUUUUUUCACUUAUGCCUACAGUACACAAACCAAUAAAUUCAUUGGAUGUCAACAGGAAUAGAUUAAUAUGUGGAUGUGAUAAUGAAGCUAUUUAUAUAAUUAAAAAUUUGCCAAUUUAA